AUGAGCCAGCGCCCCUGCCGCUGCUCUCCACGGCCCCCCUCCAGCUCCUGCCGCUGCAGCUACAGCGACCUGACAGCCGCCGGGCGCCCUCGGCCCUCAGACAGUUGUAAAGAAGAAAGUUCCACUCUUUCUGUCAAAAUGAAAUGUGAUUUUAGCUAUAACCAUAUUCAUUCUGGACUUAAGUUAGUGAAGCCUGAUGAUAGUGGAAGACAAGGUUCCUGUACUCCUGUAUAUUUGGAAGGUUCUUAUAAAGAUUGCAUUAAAGACUAUGUGAGGUUAUCAGAUAUUGGGUCACCAAUCGUGAGCCCCAGGAUUGUAGAACUUGAAUCUGAAAACGAAAACAAGCUCUUUCAUAACAAGGAAAAUCAGCAUGUGCAACAAAUCCUUGAUAGUUCAAAUGAGAUCGAAGAACUAGAGACCAGUGGACCUUAUGAAGACAGUGGCUAUACUUCAUUUUCCCAGCAAAGUGGCUUCAAUGAACAUGAAGAGAACAGCCUUCCCUUGGAAAAUUUCAGUGACAGUCCACAGUCCUGCCUGCUUCAGAUGCAAAGCCCAGAGCAAUUUCCCAGCAAAAACUUGCUGCCGGCUCUUCACUUUGCCAAAAUGGUUUGUUCAACGUUAAAAAAGAAUGCCAAACGAAAUCCUAAAAUAGAUCGGGAGAAACUGAAAGAAUUUAUAUUCAGUGGAAAUUUUGGACUGCAGAAUAUAAUUGGAAGGAAAAUGGGCCUAGAAUAUGUAGAUAUUCUCAGUGAACUCUUUCGAAGGGGACUCAGACAUCUCCUAGCAAACAUUUUAACACAGCUCAAUGAUAUGGACUUAAUCAAUGUGUCUAAAGUGAGCACAACUUGGAAGAAGAUCCUAGAUGAUGAUAAGAGAGCAUUGCAGUUGUACAAUAAAGCCAUAGAGAGAGUUAAUGAAAAGAACAUUAAGUUUUCACCACAUGCUUCAACCAGAGAAUAUGUUAUGUUCAGAACCGCUUUAGCUUCUGUUCAAAAAUCAGCAGCCCAGGCUCACCCCAAAAAAGAUGCUCAAACCAAGUUAUCCCAUCCAGGUGAUCAGAAAGGUUCUACUUACAGUCGACACAAUGAAUUCUCUGAGGUUGCCAAAACUUUGAAAGAGAAUGAAAGCCUCAAAGCCUGUAUUCGCUGUAAUUCACCUGCGAAAUAUGAUUGCUAUUUACAACGGGCAAUCUGCAAACGAGAAGGCUGUGGGUUUGAUUAUUGUACAAGGUGUCUGUGUAACUAUCAUACCACCAACGAAUGUUCAAAUGGCAAACCCCUAAAAGCCAAUUAUAAAACAGGUCCUCUGCCCGGUACCAAAACAAGCAAGAAGAAUUUACGACGAUUGUGA